AUGACAGAUACAGAAUUAACAGAACUGCGUAAAUCUAAGCACUUUCAAGAAAGGUCUAAUAAUUCAGCACACGUCAGAUCAAACACUGAUAGAUCAGAUCAAAAUGCAGGCGUCAACGUUCAACCACGGCAUGAACAACUACCAGUAUUGACACCCUUAGCUUCAGAUUCGCCUAGUCACUCACAAGAUCAAUUGGAUAGAGUAGUCUCAAGUGACAACGAUCGUACUACACCAAACAAGUCUUCAUAUACUUCAGAUACACAAAUCAGAGAUGAUGAAUUAAGCGAUAUAAAAAAGACACAAGCUCAAAAAAGGCGCUUAUUUCGACGAUUUCACUUUCCCUUGCCAUCACUUCCUCACAUCAGAAAAACAGUAAAAGCAUCUAUUGCAUUACUAAUAUCCACCAUAUUUUGUCUGGUCAAUCGUACUAGAGACGUAUUUGGAUCAGCUACACUGCUUGUGGCAAUCGUUACAAUAUUUUAUUUCCCUGUACGAACAAUUGGAGUGCAAACGGAGGCAGUGCUACUAGGAACCCUUGGUGCGCUAAUAGCGUCAGCAUGGAGCAUCUUGGGUGCUUUUCUUGCAAGCUUAGCCCGUAAUGCUUCCGAUCCAAAUCCUGUACAGCCUGGUGCAUGUGCAAUUUUGGCUGUAUUUCUAUUUAUUGGAACAUUCGUUUUAAAUGUCAUUCGUAUAAAACUACCAAAAGCCAACUUUGCUGCUGUAAACGCCUGUAUUAUAUUAACAUUUACUAUGACAUAUUAUGCCUCUAUUCCAAGAUUCACUGCUGCUGUUACUUGGGAAUUUCUCAAACCUGUUGCCCUUGCUGGUGCUAUUUCUUUGGCUGUCAACUACUUUAUUUGGCCAGACAAUAGUAUCAGCAACUUUCUUGGCGUCUUGCGGCAAACCCUUGGCGGAUAUAAUGCAUUCUUCAAAGAACACUCUAAUGCGUUUUUAGAUCUUGUGCCACCCUCCAGCCAAUCGACAUUACCCCAGCUUCAUACACGUUUGCAGAAUGGCGUACUUUUGAUGAUUGAAUGCAAACGAGCAGUCCAGCGAGAAAUCACUUUCUCUCGUAUUUCCGAUCAAGACUGUAGCAGGUUGACUAAAGCUGUGCGAAGCAUGCGUGCCUCUUUACACGGCAUUGGUCUUAGCUUUAUCAUCAAAUCAAGUUAUUUAAACUCUGAUAACGACAACUUAUAUUUCAGUAGAUUCAAAAAUCCUGAAAUUUUGAACGCAUUCAACACUUCUCUGGAAAACAUAAAGCCUAUAUCCGCUGAACUAACGCAAGCAUGCAUCGAUGCCACUGGACAAUGCCUUGACAGGAUUACUAAACUUCACUAUCAUCCCAGAACAGGCUUGAAUAGUAUUUUAUGGCCAUUUCCAAGAUUUUGGGUUUCGCGACCAAAAGUGAGCAACAUUGACACUGAAAAUCAGCCUGCACAAAUUUCAUCAACAACGAUGAAGGAACUCAUUAUUCGCUUUGACGAGAUUAGUAAAAGCAGCGAAACAUUCAAAAAGUUUUUGGAGCUGGAUCCUGCCGACCUGCCAAGGAAUGGGCCACUUUAUUUAAUAUUUCUGUAUCUUUAUAAUUUAAGAGAACAUGCCAUCCACACUACAUCCUUUAUAGAGCUAGUUGAAGAGCUUGAAACAAAACGUAAAAAGUAUAGGCUAUGGUUUCCUCAUCAGACACUAUCUAGAUGGUUACACUCAGAUGAUCAAGUUGACGGAGCGGUUGGAGUGGAUGUCCAAGAAUCAGAAAAUGCAAACGCAGGAAAUGAUUUGGCAAGAUGUUCUACUCGCAAUGAUGACAAUAGACGCGAAUCAGACGAACGAACCGUAUUCAAUGCAGGAGGCGAACAAGACAAGGACAAGUAUAGGAAAAAUGACCCUGAUGUUUCUCUUCCUGUUACGCCUAUGCAAAAGUUCUUCAAUGCAAUCUAUGUAGCUGGCAAAUGGCUGACAAGCACAACAACGUUUUUUGCAUUCAAAACUGCUUUAGGAGUUGUCAUAUUGGCUAUCCCUGCUUGGAGGCCACAGGAUGCAGGCUGGUACAUAGAAUGGAGAGGACAAUGGACCAUGAUCACCUUGGUGCUUUGGAUGUUCCCGAUGACCGGUGCAUUUAUUUUUGGGUUGAUCGAUCGAGUCAUAGGUUCCAUAGUAGGUGCAGUUCUUGGGAUCAUCGUUUGGGAGAUUACGCGAGGAAAUCCGUAUGGUUUAGCUGUUUUGUCUUUUGUUAUCUUCUUACCAUUGUAUUAUACAUUCUUUUUUGUGGCAAAAUUCCGAGUUGCUGCUUUGAUGAGCAAGAUCACGAUGAUUUUAGUCAUCAUAUACGAAUAUAAUUAUGCAGUAUCUGGUGUAGCUGUCUAUGAUCAGGUUUAUACGGUUGCCGGAAAACGAUUACUGAUGGUAGUUAUCGGGAUUGCUGCUUCUGGUAUAUUGAUUGCAAUCCCUUUCCCGCCUACAAGUCGCAUAGAACUUCGAAAAAGGCUUGCAAGUACAAUUCGUGAUAUCGGCAAAGCUUAUGGCAUCUUAGCUGCUAGCACUAUAGUUAUUAUUGAUGAGCCAAUAACAGAUAAGCAAAGUAAAGGAUUCCAAAAGCUUGCAAUUGAGCUUCGACGACAGAUUGCAGAAGAGCACACUCUCUUGCACCAAGCAAACUAUGAGCCACCGUUACGAGGUUACUUUCCUGCAGAAAAUUACAAGGCUCUAGUACAGAUUGCGGAUAACAUGUCUGAUCUUGUCAUAAACAUGGCUUCAUCACUUGCUCAGGUUAAACCUGAAUGGAAGAGACACAUUGGGUCAAUUCUUAGGAAAGAAAGAAAAGAAUAUCUAUCAUCUAUUCUUUCAACUCUAAAAAUGAUUUCAUCUACUCUGUAUGCAAAGACGUCCUUACCACCCUAUAUGCUUUCUCCUAUCGAGUGCAGAGAGAACUUUGUCAAUUUGCUCGAAAAGAAAAUUAUGAUUGAACCUAGUGAUAUCGCCAACUCAUCAUUUCCUUCUUAUUCCUCCUAUUUAAUGAACAGCCUUGUUUUUGUAGAUGAGUUGCAAGUUCUCCUUUCAAUUGUUCAAGAUCUAGUUGGCGUUGAAAAUCCAGAACAAUGGUUGAAUUCACGUUCAUAGAAUAACUUGUAUAUACAUAUUUUCUUGAAUAAACUUAAUGGCAUUAUA